AUGGUGAGAUAAUCGCAAAGGUAUAUUACGUAUCUUAUCAUCUUCAUUCUGCAAAUCAUACAAAAUGCGUAUUUGGUUUCAUCAACUCAUACACUCCCUCUCGAUAACUACGCACUUCAUCUCCAGGUCUUUGCGUCUUGAUCCUUUUUCCCACCGCCCUCGCACCUUCAAAUCCGUAUUACUCAAUCUGCAGAUGCUGUUCCCGUGCUAUCCUCGGCGGUGUCCCUGUAUGUCCAUAUACUUCCCCUGCUACGAUAUCUCCUACCUCGUCGCCACCAUCUCCAUAUUCGGUUCUGCGCUCUGGUGCAUACAUGCGUGUUUCGUCUGGCUACCUCCGCGACUCCCAUCCUCGGAAUACUCUGGUGAAAUCGCAGGUGCGGGUAGCAUUACUGCGUUUUUCCGCGCGACGGUUUUUGAAUUCGGCAGUGAACAGUUGAUUUUGGAGGCGGUGAAUGAGAAUCGUAUGGAUUGUUUAGGGUGGGCGGUAGAGGAAGUUUGGGAGGGGGAGGAAACGGGGAGGCGUAGUCAUCAUCCUCAUCCUCAUCCUCAUCUGAAUCGGAGGAAUUCAAUCGGGAGGAGUGUGGAGAUAAGAGGAGAGGAGAUGCGGAGGAAGGUAUGUGAACUUUUACUAAUCUCUCUUUCCAACUUGAUACAAAAAAUGCUCAUAAUCACAGCUAAUUCUCUUUCCUCUCCCACAUUCCCUCCACCCCAUUCCUGGCAAUGGUAUCCUUCCCUCUCCGCCCUCUCAACACACUACCUGCACUCCCUCGGUUUCCUCGCCUGUUCUUCGCAAAUGUUCGGCGCAACCAUCUUCUGGAUAUCCGGCUUCACAGCUCUCCCUCCACUCUACACCCAUCUCAGCUCGACCCUCGCCCAAAACGUCGCGUGCUGGCUUCCCCAAGUCAUCGACGGUAUGAGCUUCAUCAUCUGCGGAAUCCUCUUCAUGUUGGAAACGCAGAGGAAAUGCUAUGUUCCCGCGCUCUCAUCACUGGGUUGGCAUACAGCAGCGUGGAAUUUGCUGGGCGGAAUAGGAUUCACACUGUAUGGGGCACUAGGGUCUGCGUCGGAAAAUAGUGCCGCACUGUAUCAAAGGAGCUUGGCGACUUUUUGGAGGAGUGGAUAUUUUUCGAUUGGGAGUGUGGUGCAGUGGUAUGAGAGUCUGGAAAAGAUUUCGGUGGAGGAGGAAGGGGGUGGAGGGGGAAAUAUGAAGUUGGGGGCGUGCGGAUUGAUGAUUUUAGGAGACGAUGUUAAGAAUAUGAAUUGAACGAUAAAGU